AGUAUGUUGUUAGUCAUGUUGCAUAAAAGACCGUCAGAGCAGUCAAUGUGUCUAUGGCGGUUAAUGCCACCAUCACCACAGUCGUGUUUGCUCUCCAAGUAGAUGUCCUCGUAAGCUGGCCGUUUCCGUUGUUGUCCGUUCCUUAUCCGUCCCUUAUCAUCCGUCCCUUAUCAUCCGUCCCUUAUCAUCCGUCCCUUAUCAUCCGUCCCUUAUCAUCCGUCCCUUAUCAUCCGUUUCAUCCCCUUAUCAUCUGUCCUCAUCCCGUUAUCCGUUCCAGCCUCCCAUCCUUGUUUCGGAUUCUGGGCAGGUAAAUGAGGGCCAAAGCUCACAAUACAGGUACAAGUGACUUUGAAGCCACAUACAUAUCUACGCGAUAACAGUGGUCAGAUGUGUGAUUCGGCCUCCUGGACGUGGUAUCCUGACAUGUCUUCCAGACUGCCUCUAAUAAAUUUAUGGCUGUCG